AUGGCACCCAACGAUGACCCAGAUGCAGCAAAAGACAUCAGAACCAAAGCCGACAGUCUCAAGCUGUUUGUUACACACUUGCAAGCGAACACGAAGUACAAAUUCACUAUACGGGCCUAUGUUUUACCGGAUGGACAAGGUCAUGGUGGCGGAUACAGUAUCCCAUCAGUGGCAGGAUAUGUGACAACUUCGGUCGGCGAGGAAAGCUCUGCUGAAAUGUACAAUUUGGAAACGGACGCUGCAGAAUCCGUCCCCACUGCAGGACUGUAA